UUUCACUCCGUGUACCCUGACGGGGCUCUGUCCCGCAGGUUGGGCACGCUGCGGUCGGAUCACACUUGGCUGUGGCUACCUGCGAGCAGACGGGACUCACCUGAACGUGAAGUGCGGCCUUUCUUUGUUCGGGUCGGUAAAGUCCGACCGGCUUUCACUUUCCUCCGAGACACUGAUUACAACAAAAACAAAACAAAACAGAAAACACUGAGAGACACUUUGGCGGCGGGUUAAUCAUUAAAGUGAGCGCUGAAACCGCAGUUUACAGAGGAGCCGGCAUGAGGAUCUGAUCCAGCAGAAAGAGGGGGAGGAGGAGGAGGAGGAGGAGGAGUGCGCCUGUGUCCAGACACUAGAGCACCUUCAGGCCUACAGGUGUUUCUGUGUUUUUCAUGUGACCUGGAUCCACCGCACGCUGGGAUCAUGCUCGGAGCGGAGAGCAGGCUGGAGAGCCGGCUGAAGAAGCUGGAGUCCCUCAUGAGGAGCCCACACUCGGCGCUAAACUUGGAAACGCUGCUGGACUCCAUGAACGCGUUGGCUCAUGAUUUGAACUACCCUGCCCUGAGGAAAAACAAAAACAUCGAGGCCUUUCUGAAUCGAUAUGAAAAGGCGGUGAGUCAGCUGCGGGAGCUGCAGGUGAAGCUCGAAGACUUCGAGAAAGUGAAGCUGAUCGGGAGGGGAGCCUACGGAGAAGUGCAGCUGGUCCGCCACAAGGCCUCGCAGAAGGUAUACGCCAUGAAGCAGCUCAACAAGUUCGAGAUGAUCAAGCGGUCGGACUCGGCCUUCUUCUGGGAGGAGAGGCACAUCAUGGCCUUUUCCAACAGUCCCUGGGUCGUGCAGCUGUGCUGCGCCUUCCAGGAUGACUGCCACCUCUACAUGGUGAUGGAGUUCAUGGGCGGGGGCGACCUGGUCACACUCACCAUGAACUACGACAUACCUGAGAAGUGGGCUCGCUUCUACACGGCGGAGGUGGUGCUGGCGCUGAACGCCAUCCACUCCAUGGGCUUCAUCCACCGUGACGUCAAACCCGACAACAUGCUGCUGGACCAGACCGGACACCUCAAACUGGCAGACUUCGGCACGUGCAUGAAGAUGGACGCGACAGGCAUGGUGCACUGUGACACAGCUGUAGGCACACCAGACUACAUCUCCCCCGAGGUGCUCCAGUCUCAGGGCGGCGACGGUUACUACGGGCGGGAGUGCGACUGGUGGUCUGUCGGAGUCUUUAUGUACGAGUUGUUUGUCGGUGAAACUCCCUUCUAUGCCGAGUCCCUGGUUGGAACAUACGGGAAGAUCAUGAACCACAAGAACACACUCGUCUUCCCAGAGGACGUGGAGAUGUCUCAGGAUGCCAAAGACCUCAUUUGUGCCUUUCUUACCAACAGGGAGGUUCGACUGGGCCGCACCGGAGUGGAUGAGAUCAAGUGCCACCCGUUCUUCAAGAACAACCAGUGGACCUUUGACAACAUCCGAGAGACUGUGGCUCCAGUCGUGCCCGAGCUGAGCGGCGACAUAGACACCAGCAACUUCGACGACAUAGAAGAUGACAAAGGUGAUGCUGAGACCUUCCCUCCACCCAGAGCCUUUGUGGGCAACCAGCUACCAUUCGUCGGCUUCACCUACUUCAAGGAGGACCAGCUGCUGAGGGUGGAUAACAACCACUCGGAGGAGGAUUCAGAGGACAUUAAAGAAAAGUCUGAGGAUAAAGAGUCUCGCUUGAACAGUGAUAAAGAGCUGCAGAAGAAGCUUCAUCAGCUGGAGGAGAAGCUCGACCAUGAGAUGCAGGCCAAAGAUGAGCUGGAGCACAAGUGCAAAAAUGCCACCAACCAUUUAGACAAGCUGGUGAAAGAAUUAGACAAGGAGAUGAGCAGCAGGCAGAAGGUUGAGGCUUCGCUCAGGCAGCUGGAGAGAGAGCGAGCCCUGCUGCAGCACCAGAGCAGCGAGAACCUGCGCAAGGUGGAGAUCGAAACGGACAGGAAACGUGGCCUGGAGAAUGAAUUGAACAACCUGAGGGACCAGCUGGAGGAUCUUAGGAAGAGGAACCAGAAUUCCCAAAUCUCCAAUGAGAAGAACAUCCAGCUUCAGAAACAACUCGAGGAGACCAACGCUGUGCUUCAGGCCGAGCAGGAGGCGGCAGCACGGCUGAAGAAGAGUCAGGCAGAGGCACAGAAACAGGCUCAGAGCCUGGAGCUAAGCCUCAGGGAGAUGCAGGAAAAGUACAGCCAGCUGGAAAAGGACAAGAUGGAGCUGGAGAAGCAGCUGAUGGGGCUGCAGGCCGAGCUGGAGGAGGAGAAAGGAGCUUACAGCCUCGGGACAGAAACUAUUACUGACCUGCAGGGACGGAUCGCUGGCCUGGAAGAGGAGGUGAAAGAGGUGAAGUCAUCUCUGUCCAAGGUCCAGGCUGAAAAGAAGCAGCUACAGGAGAAGCUCAAUGACCUGGAGAAGGAGAAGGGCAACCAAGAGAUCGACUUGGCGUUCAAGCUGAGGUCGCUGCAGCAGAGCCUGGAGCAGGAGGAGGCCGAGCACAAGGCCACCAAAGCUAAGCUCGCGGAUAAAAAUACCAUCUACCAGUCCAUCGAGGAGGCAAAGUCUGAGGCUUUAAAAGAGAUGGAGUGCACCCUACAUGAGGAGCGCAGCCUGAAGCUGCAGGUGGAGGAGAAGCUGCUGCAGCUGGAGAAGGACCACUCCAUGCUGGACUGUGACUACAAGCAGGCGCAGCACAAACUGGACGAGCUGCAGGGGCAGAAGGAGAAACUCUCAGAAGAGGUAAGAAACCUGAGCCAGCGUCUGGAGCAAGAGAUCCACAAGCGGACUCUGAGCCAGAGCGAGCUGAAGAUCCAGAACCAGCAGGUGUCGGUGCUCCGCUCGUCAGAGAAACAGCUCAAACAGGAGCUCAACCACCUGCUGGACCUGAAGCAGGUCCUGGAGAAACAGAACCAGGAGCUACGCAGGGAGAAGCAGGAGGCGGGCGGCCAGCUGAAAGAACUGAGGGACCAGCUGGAGGCAGAGCAGUAUUUCACGACCCUUUACAAGACGCAGAUCCGUGAGCUGAAGGACGAGUGUGAUGAGAAGAACAAACUGGUCAAAGAAGCACAGCAGCGACUGGCAGAAUAUGAGGAGGAGAGGGAUUCCCUGACAAACCAGCUGGAGGCCAGUUUGACCAAGGCGGACUCCGAGCAGCUGGCUCGCUCCAUCGCGGAGGAGCAGUACUCCGACCUGGAGAAGGAGAAGAUCAUGAAGGAGCUGGAGAUCAAAGACAUGAUGGCGAGACACAAACAGGAGCUCGGCGACAAGGAGGCCACCAUCAGCUCGCUGGAAGAGUCCAAUCGCACUCUGACGGUGGACGUCGCCAACCUGGCCAGUGAGAAAGAGGAACUCAACAACCAGCUGAAAGAAAUGCAGCAACAGUUGCAGAAAGCCAAGGAGGAGGAGAAGCACAUGAACUCACUCAAAGUGUCCUUUGAAAAGCAGCUGCAGAACGAGAGGACACUAAAAAUUCAGGCUGUCAACAAGCUGGCUGAGGUGAUGAACAGGAGGGAGACGGUGCGGGGAGGCCACAGAGGCACCGGCACCGAGGUGCACAGGAAGGAGAAGGAGAACAGGAAGCUGCAGCUGGAGCUGAGAGCCGAGAAGGAGAAGCUGAACAGCACCAUCAUCAAAUACCAGAGAGAGAUGACGGAGAUGCAGGCACUGAUCGCAGAAGAGAACCAGGUGCGCCUGGAGCUCCAGAUGGCGUUGGACAGUAAAGACAGCGACAUCGAGCAGCUUCGUUGCCAGAUCACCUCCCUCAGCGUUCACUCUCUGGACUCCACCAGCAUCAGCAGUGGCAACGAGCUGGACAUGGGUGAAGGAUACCCAGUGCGCAUCACUCACUCCCACACGUCCGAAUCAAUGUCCUUCACCUACCAGCGCACACACAAAUCCGUUUGCAUCGACACCAGACCCAACCUUCACUCGGCUCACUCUCUCUUUGACUCUGACUCUGAGGAUGAGGAAGAAUGUGACGGGCGGCUGGAGCAGGGCCAGCGCCCCCUGGCCCUCACCUACGAUCAGCCCGCUGAGGCUGAACCUGCAGACUCCAGGCUGGAGGGCUGGAUUUCACUUCCCACCAAGAACACAAAGCGUUUCGGCUGGGACAAAAAAUAUGUAGUUGUGAGCAGUAAAAAGAUCCUGUUCUACAACAGCGAGCUGGACCGAGAGCAGGCUAACCCUUUCAUGACCCUGGACAUCGAUAAGCUGUUUCACGUCCGACCUGUCACUCAUACGGAUGUGUACCGUGCGGAUCCCAAAGAAAUCCCAAGGAUAUUCCAGAUCCUGUACGCCAAUGAAGGAGAGAUCAAACGUGACCAGGAAGUCGUAGUGGAGCCCACGCCGUAUGGUGACCGUCCAUCCUACAUCAGCCACAAGGGCCACGAGUUCAUCCUCACUCUCUACCACUUCCCCACCAGCUGUGAGGCCUGCACUCGGCCCCUGUGGCACGUUUUCAAGCCGCCGCCGGCCCUCGAGUGCCGCCGCUGCCACACCAAGUGCCACAAAGACCACCUGGACAAAAAGGAGGAAGUCAUCGUGCCCUGCAGGGUGAACUAUGACAUGUCCACUGCCAAAGAGCUGCUUCUGCUCACCAACUCUCCGGAUGAGCAGCAGCGCUGGGUCAGCCACCUCCUCAAACGCAUCCCGAGGAAACACCCGACGAUGAGUCCUCCCGCUGCGAUACAGAACACCCCUCACGAAGCGACGUCGCGUUCCUCCCCACGAGUCUCUCCACAUCCUUCACCCAGGAGUUCGCCUCGUAUGUCGGCCCAUCGCGGGGCCAUCAAGAUCCAACCUAGCAGACCGCAGCAGCCGUCGGGGAAGCCCAGUUAACCCUGGCUGAUCAAAGAUGUGUAUUUUCAUCUAUGCGGAUUAAUGACCACAGUCUGGACGCAGUGCCUACAUGCCUUUUCUUUUUCUUUUUCGGGGAAGUAGACUGAAAAAAAUAAAUAAAUAAAAAAGAGAAAGUCUAAUCGUGGACAGAAGCGAUUGCAGAGACUGGCUGUCGUCAUGAGAACUGGGACUGUCUUUGUCGUUGUAACAAGAGGAGAAAUGAGCAGUAUUCAUCUGAAAGCCUCAGCUGCCUUAUUUUGUAACCGUCAUGACAAAAACAUGGACAUUUUCUUCUGUCAGAUUCAGUGACUCACAUGGAUCUGUGUGUGUGUGUGUGUGAGGUGUUAGGCAUGUGUGUGUGAACAUUUGUACAUAGGUUAAAGAGGUCUGUCUGUGUAUUGUAGCACAGAAAGUGUAGCUAAUAGUAUGUGACUGUUUUUAUUUUUGUGGAUGUAAGUCAGCAGCACAUUAUACAGUAUCUGCUUGUCCUGUAAAUGAAUACGGUUUUAACGAAUCAUCACGAUUUUUGGACAUGUUUUGUCUCACAAUUACAAGAUAACACAGAAUAAUGUGAAUUGAACAGUGUUUUCUCACCAUUCAUGAUGAAUUUAAAUAAAAUCUGUUACUCUGACGGUGAA